UGUCUCCAUGAACUAGACCGACCUAAGCAGAGCCACUCUCCCAGAGGCACAAAGCAAUUAGUUACCUUCUUGAAGUGGAAAUGGAGCAGAGCUCAUGGGAUUUCUGGGUAGAAGAAGCACUUUUAAAGCUUGAAUCUCUCAAGUUGCUUCGGCCUAUAAGGCCCAUUCAGCUCUCACAAAAACAAGAAACGGAAAAGAAAGACGAUGAAGAAUACGAUGUAUUCAAUGAACUGCAACCAUGGGAUCGGUCCGCUGUUGAAGUCUCAAUCUCAGAGUCUUUCUUCCAGCAGUGGCUUCGUGGAGAUGAUGAAGUCGUGUGGAGAGAUGAUUUACCUAUUGAUAAAGACAAUGCAAACCAAAAGAAAUUGAAGAAGCUAUUUCUAUUCUGUGGUAAUGAUUUCUUAGGCUUGAGUUCGCAUCCAACAAUAGCAAAAGCUACUGCUAAGGCUGCUAAGGAACAUGGAAUGGGCCCUAGGGGAUCUGCGUUGAUUUGUGGAUACACCAAUUAUCACAGAUCUUUGGAAUCUAGCUUGGCGGACUUAUUGAAGAAAGAGGACUGUCUUCUUUGUCCUACAGGGUAUGCAGCUAAUACAGCCUUAAUGGUAGCGAUUGGAAGCAUUGCCCCUCUAUUGGCUGCAGGGAAGAAGCCGUCUAAGGAGGAAACAAUUGCCAUAUUUUCUGAUUCACUUAACCAUAUGUCAAUAAUUGAAGGAAUAUAUCUUGCUGAACGACGUGGAGGUGUGGAACAUUUUGUAUAUAGACACUGCGACAUGUCUCAUCUUAACGAACUCUUAACAAGCUGCAAAAUGAAGAAAAAAGUUGUGGUGACAGAUAGCUUGUUUAGUAUGGAUGGAGACUUUGCACCAAUGCUAGAGUUGGCUGAGCUUCGCAAGAAGCAUGGAUUUUUGCUUGUGAUCGAUGAUGCUCAUGCAACAUUUGUAUGUGGAGAAAACGGUGGAGGAGUGGCUGAGAAAUUCAACUGUGAAAGAGAUGUCGACAUAUGCUCUGGUUCUCUGAGUAAGGCAGCAGCUAAUCUUGGUGGAUUCAUAGCCUGCAGAAAAAAGUGGAAGCAGUUUAUUCAAUCAAGGGGACGCGCUUUUAUAUUUUCAACCGCUGCUCCAGUACCCUUCACUGCAGCCUUACAUGCUGCUGUUAUUGUGGCGAGAAAAGAAACCUGGCGCAGAAGGGCAAUUCAGGAGAGGAUGCGAGAGUUCCAUGCUCUUACUGGAAUCCCCAUUACAAGUCACCUAAUAUCAAUUGUUGUCGGAACUGAAGAGGAAGCUGUCCAAGCUAGCCGGUAUCUGGUGAAGUCUGGUUUCUACGUGACGCCAAUCAGACCUCCAGCUGUAGCUCCUGGUUCAUGCAGGUUGCGAGUGACACUUACUGCAGUGCACACAACAGAUGACAUAAAGAGACUUGUAACAGCACUCUCCAAUUGCAUCAAUUUCCAAGAUAUCAGUAACCGUCACUCUAAUUUACUUGCCAAGCUGUAGAAUUUCGAUUGCCUUUUUCGAUCAUAUAGGUCCAUCGUCUAUGGAUCAUAUCGAUCCAUGAUCUAGGGACCAUAUCAUUUUAUUUUUAUCGAAUGUCCUUGAAGAAAAAAGUGUACCAAGUCGAAUUGAAACAUGUUUGCAAAUAAAGAUGGAGCAGAAAUAAACCAUUUAUCUA